UCCUAUCUAACCAAAUAAAUCAAACUCAUACAUAAAGUCGGUACAAGUCCACCGAGAAUGACAUGGUUCUUUGCUUUGGUUUCAACUUUCAACUAUCAAGUCUCAACCUUUGUUUCAUGACAGUGAUUGUUUCCACCAUUGAAUUCGCUCUUUUCUCUUCCAACUCCUUCGUCUCAUUUGAACGGAUUUUGUUUUACACAAACAUGUUGCGUGCAGCAUCAUUCUCGAGGUUCAGCUUCUGUCUUCAUAUCCCCUCUUUUCUUGUGCCCUAUGUUUUCCCUUUUCGCUUUCCUUCCUGUUCAUGUUCAAUGUCAAGCCUUCACUCUCAUUCUCAGCUCACAUCCCCUCGCCAUGUUGAUGAAGCUGUUGAUUCCUUCACUCGUAUGCUCUCUAUGCGUCGCCCUCCAUCCAUCAUCCAAUUUAACCAGAUUUUGGGGUCUCUUGCCAAGACGAACCAUUUCUCCCCCGCCAUUUCCCUUUUUCAGCAAUUGCUAGCCAGGGGAAUUGCUCCCAGCAUAGUUACUUUGAGCAUCGUAAUUAAUUGUUGUUGCGGCAUGGGUCGUAUGGCGCUUGCUUUCUCUGUACUGACCAAGAUUUUCAGGAUGGGUUUUCAGCCUGAUACCAUAACGUUGAAUACACUCAUUAAAGGUCUCUGUCUAUGCGGUAAUGUUGAAAAAGCACUGCACUUUCAUGAUAGAUUGUUGGCUCAUGGAUUUCAAUUCGACCAAGUCACUUAUGCAACUUUGAUCAAUGGGCUCUGUAAGACCGGACACACAUCAGCUGCUAUUCAAGUGUUGAGAAAGAUUCCACGGUAUGGAAUUAUUCCUAAUGUCGUCAUGUACAGCGCAAUUAUUGAUAGCUUGUGCAAGGUUACGUUUGUAAGUGAUGCUUUUCAUUUAUACUCUGAAAUGCUUGCUAAGGGAAUCUCUCCCAAUGUUAUCACCUACAACACUCUAAUUUAUGGAUUGUGCCUUGCGGGUCAACUUAAGGAAGCCAUUGAUUUACUAAAUCAUAUGCUGCUGAAAAACAUUACUCCAAAUGUUCAUACGUAUACUACUUUGAUUGAUGGACUAUGUAAGGAGGGAAAUAUCAAAGAUGCUAAGAGUGUGUUGGCUGUGAUGACAAAAGAUGCUGUGGAACCAACUGUGGUUACUUAUAAUUGUUUAAUGGAUGGGUAUUGCUUGGUUAACGAAUUAAACAAGGCAAAAUGUAUAUUUGACACAAUGGCCCAGAUAGGAAUGGCUCCUGAUAUCCAAAGUUACAAUAUUAUUAUUAAUGGCUUGUGCAAAAGUAAAUUGAUGGAUGAUGCCUUGAAUCUCUUUGAAGAGAUGCGUCGCAAGAACUUGGUUCCUAACACGGUAACUUACAGUACUCUAAUUGAUGGCUUGGGAAAAUCAAGGAGAAUCUCUUGUGCUUCAAAGCUUCUUGUUGAGAUGCAUAAUAAAGGUCAACCUGCUAAUAUAAUCACUUACAAUUCCUUGUUGGAUGGGAUGUUCAAUAUCAAACAAGUUGACAAGGCACUUAUGUUAUUUAAUCAAAUGAAAGAGAGUGGCAUUGAUCCAGAUAUAUGCACGUAUAAUAUACUUAUUGAUGGCCUAUGCAAAGGUGGAAGACUUACAGAUGCAAAAGAGAUUUUUCAAGAUCUUUCCAUUAAAAGCUAUCGUCCAAAUGUGAGGACAUACACUAUUAUGAUCAAUGGGCUCUGCAAAGAGGGCUUAUCUAAAAAAGCAUUGGCCCUGCUGUCGGAAAUGGAAAACAACGGUUGCUUACCAAAUGCUAUGACUUUUGAAAUCGUUAUUCGUGCUUUGUUUGGAAAAGGUGAGAAUGACAUGGCGGAGAAACUUCUUCGGAAAAUGAUUGCUAGAGGCUUAUUGAAUGGAUGAAAGAGAACAGCUCGCAGCAUUUGUAACUAUCCAAUCACUUCUAGGUAUACUUUGAAGAAUUUGGACUUAUGAUUUAUCCUUGUAUCUGAAUAAAUGGCUGCGCAAGCCGCAGAAUUUUUGCUUCUUAUGGCGUGUAUCCUUCUGCAGAUUCCAG